AACUUAAACUAAAGUUGAUUGUUACUGACUGUGGCCUCCUCUCUCUGUGCUACAGAUGACCUUCCAUACUGUCCUAAAGGAAUCACUUCCAAAGUGUUCCGUUUCAACAUCUCAGUGAUGGAGAGGAAUUCCACCAACCUGUUCCGAGCCGAGUUCCGAGCUCUGAGGGUUCCAAACUCUGCUGCCAAUAGGAAUGAACAGAGGGUGGAGCUCUACCAGAUCCUGAGGCCAGACGAGCACAUAGCUAAACAACGCUACAUUGGAGCCAAGAACGUGCUGACCAAGGGAACGGCCGAAUGGGUCUCCUUCGAUGUGACAGAGACGGUACAGGAGUGGCUGAUGUACAGAGAGACCAACCUGGGUCUGGAGAUCAGCGUACACUGCCCGUGUCACACCUUCAACCCCAACGGUGACAUCAUCGACAAUGUGAACGAGGUGCUGGAGGUCAAGUUCAAAGGGGUAGAAGGGGAGUAUGAGGAGCAGGGCCGUUGGGAUCUGGGCAGGUUGAAGAAACAGAAGGAGCGGUCCCUGCCUCAUCUCAUCCUCAUGAUGAUCCCUCCUCACCGUCUGGACCCACAGCCACGUAGACGCAAGCGGGCCCUGGACACCAACUACUGCUUCUCCACUGUUGAGGAGAACUGCUGUGUCCGUCGUCUCUACAUCGACUUCCGUCGGGACCUGGACUGGAAGUGGAUCCACGAGCCUAAAGGAUACUUCGCUAACUACUGCUCUGGACCCUGCCCUUACCUGAGGAGCUCCGACACCACACACACACAGCUGCUGAGCCUGUAUAACACUCUGAACCCAGAGGCUUCGGCCUCUCCCUGCUGCGUUCCCCAGGACCUGGAGCCUCUUACUAUUCUCUACUACUCUGGACGUACCCCCAAAGUAGAGCAGCUGUCCAACAUGAUCGUCAAGUCCUGCAAAUGCAGCUGAAGAGGUUCGGGAGUAGGCCCGAAGCCAGGGAGUUGGGUGGUGGGGUUGUCCCACGGAAGGUGACCUGUAUUGGGGCACUAGAGCCAGCCAGCCUGCCUAGCUGUAGAAGAAUACCACCAUCCAUGUUAUUUUGUAUUCGGACUAUGUUGCCUGCCACGUGGCUUAGCUCUUAACACCACUUGAACUGAAGGACCCUAUCCUCAUGUGAGGAGGACAUAGUAUGUUAGACUUUGCGAUUCUAACUUAUAAUCUUCAUCAUCGUUUUUUUUUUUUUUAGAGAGAGAGAGACGCCAAAUCGUUUCAUUUUGACAUGUUUAACAAACUGGGUUUCCUUCACCUUCCUACAAACAGUGCGCAUUAUUCAUAACACACAAAGGAGAAAGGACAGACUAGCUGCCGUAUCCAAAGACAGCUAGAGGGUAAGGAGAAAGGACAAACUAUGAGACGGAGAGAAGAGAGAGAGAGAGAGUAGAGAAUUCCUGCAGGAUUUGCAAUGGAAAGUAAAGUGAGCAGAAGAGAUAGAAGCCAAGAUUAUUAUUUUUUUUUUAUCAUUAUUUUUUUGUCCAACCAAAAAGCAGCGACCAUUUUUUUUUUUGUCGUCUUCGAAUGCAAACGGAGCUGAGGGAGGAAGGACCUUUACAGAUGGAGAAAGAUAUUAUUCUAUGGCUAUUAGCCAUUUAGCACUCAUCCAAAACACCCACCGCGACUCCCUUUGAAGACUUUCUUGACAUGUUUGAAUUAAAUUAAAUAAAAAAUCGGACCCAAACACAAUGUGCUGGAAAACAAUAUUGAUCUGUAAAACGUAUGUCCAAAUGUUUCUUCUUCUUCCUCUUCCUCUUCCUCCUUUUUCUUCUUCUUUUUCUUCCUUUUCUUCUUCUUCUUUUUCUUGAAAUUGGCAGAUGUUCUCUGUUAUGCAGCGUGUUGUCAUAUGGUGAUUGAUUGAUUGUUGCUGUAUCUGUCUAAUCCCUUUGAUAUUAAACUGUUAAAGUCGUCA